AUGGAAAGCGAAGAUUCCACAGCUGAGCAUCCAUUUUUCCAUGCUGAAGCUAUUGCAGAUUCAUUACAAGCAGAAUUAGAUAUUAUUGCAGCUACAACAAAUGCAGAAGAAGAACUUUAUGCUAGAAACACAGAAGUCAGAUGUGCUGCAACAAGUGCUGCUUUUAAGCAAAUGCAAGUAUACAGACGCAGAAGAAAAGAAAUAUUAAAACGACUAAUAAAAGAAAAGAAAGAAUACAUCGAGAUGUUAAAAGAUAAAAUAAAUGAAGUUGACAAGCAACUUAAACGUCAGCAUUAG